UCGAAGAGAGGGUGUAAUAUUGGGACCUUUCAACAGCCGAUGUACACGAGGUUUUUCGCGCUACACAUGUCAAACGCCGGAUAACUUCAAAUCUAGAUUAAAAUCUCGCUUGAUAACGCAUACGAGGACCCUGUGUGCAGCUGAAUCUAUGAAGAGGGGAAUGGAACCGAAAUUAAUCAAAGAAGAGACCGCUGAAAAAGAAGCAGGAGGUAGUUUUGCCGAAACUCCAAGAACAAGAUCUGCUAAAGCCAACAAGGAGGCAAGAUGUAAAACCCCAGAUUCCCCUGAAGGCGCCCGUCAAGCACCACCCUCUCCCAAUCAAUCAAAUCAUCCUUCGAAUGGACCACCAUCUCCUUCAAACGGAGGAUCGAAUGACAGCUUAACUCCACCUUUACCAGCUUCUACGGCUCUAUCUGUAAAUUUGGAGGGAGUUCAUCCGCAGCUCCAACCGUUGGGAUGCUUGACCUCCGGGGUAACAAGACCUUUAGUGAAAGUUAAGAGGUUCUUGAGUACCUUGGUGCAAUUUGGCAAUGACAUUAGUCCUGAUAUUGGAGAAAGGGUCAAAAGUCUUGUGUUGAAUUUAGUGAGUUCGAAUUUGAGCAUCGAAGAAUUUCAUCAAUCCCUACAGGAAGUAACGAAUUUUCCCUUGCGCCCAUUUGUGCUACCACUUCUUCGAUCGCAUCUCCCUUUAUUGCAAAGAGAAAUCCACGCCAUUGCGAGAUCGAACAAGCAAUCGACACUCCAAUAUGUAAGGAAUCAUGAACAUGUUGUUUUGGAUCCAUCACAUUCUCCCUCAGAAAUGGCCGAUAUAUUCCUUCCAGCCGACAUGAACUUCACUGGAGUCAAACGGAAAGCUUCUGAAAGCAUUUACGAAAAUGGUUAUGGAAGUCGCCACCCAGAAGAAUUUCCAUUAGUGAAGAGGCCGAUGAACCAAAACCCUUUUUUCUUUCCUCAUCAAGGUCUUAUCCAUUCCCAGUCGCCUCUAUCACAUCCUCAUUUGCUGGACUAUGCACCUCAUUCUAUGCCAAACAAAAUAGAAGAUUCGAAUAACAACAACAGGGGUGACGAGGAGUGGAAAAACAUUCAUGUGAUGCUAAAUUGCAUACUCUCAAUGGUGGAAAAAACAAAAAGAGCUCUAUCCAUUUUACAACAGAGAAAUUCCCAAGACUUGACAAACGAUUGGUUCAGAAGGCAAGAUGUUAGUGUUGAUCUGAAGAAAGCAGCGAAUGAGAUCAUGAUGCAGGCCGUCAAACAAACAGAAGACAGGGUAGCUGAGGUAAAGAAAAGGGCUGAAGAUGCUGUGAACGAUGUGAAACGUCAGGCGGUUAUAGAUUUGCAGAAAGCUGUGGUUGCCGCUGAAGCAAAAGCGAAUGAAUUGAUAGCAGUGGAAAGAGCAAAGAUGGAAAAACUCAUAUCUGAAUCAAGGAAAACAGAAGAUGGUCUAAAAAUACAUUCAGAAAAUGUAGAGAAUAGUCUAUCACCACCUGUACUAACGCAACCAGCACCAUCGCAACAGAAUGCUUGUUGGAACUGCGGACGUAAAGCACACGAAACUUGCUCCGGCUGUGGCAUUGCUAGGUAUUGCGGAUCUUUCUGUCAACACAAAGACUGGGAAAACCACCACCAACUAUGCACCAAGGAAAAGGCAGCUGUGAGAACGCCAAACAGAGCAACAACUCCCAACGCCACCAUAUCCACAACCAAUCAUGUGACGCAACUGGAAACGUCGCCGAAAUUCAAAAAGUGACACGCGAAAAGGUGUAGGAAAUUCAAAAGAUUUUGAACCGAUUCUUUUCCUGAAUGUUUUCAUGGCAGCCAUAGAUCUAGAUGAGAACCUUUCAUUUUUUCCAUCUCAAUUUUGGUGAAUUUCAUGUUGUACCCACUUGAGUUCCUAUCGGAGAUAGAUUUAAUAGACGAUCGUUCAAUGAAAAAGAAUUCGAAAUCUCCAUUUGACAGUUCAACUAUUCUAUUAGUAGCUUGCAGCAGAGUUUCAAUAAUAAAUUUCUUGAAGUAUACGAGUUUACUAACUAAAUUAUUGGUCUUGGUGCGCUCCGUGAUCCUUUGACCUGAAAAUUAUAUAGCGAAUUGUAAUUUCCCAUCAAGUCUGUUAGUUCCUAUC